AUGGUGUUUGUCUUCAACAGUGAGGGAGAAGGGCCCUAUGGGGGGAUGGGGGAUCUCUUGCCAAGCUCCAGCUGCUGCUAUGCCAGGGGCCUGCCUGUGGGUUCUGUGGGCCAACCCCUGGGGCUCUCUUGGGUUCCCAUUAACCUCUUGUGUUCCCUCCUGCGCUCCCUCUUCAAGUAUGUUACACUUGAACACCUCAAGGCCUUGUGGGGCUCCUCAUCUGCAACCACAGGCCCUGCCUCAGGCCUGCCGCUCCGGGCCUCUGCCUCCUGGGAUCUGGUGCCCUCUCACCUUCCUUCCCGGCUGCCCUCUUCUUCCUCCUUCGCUUCUGUCGUGCCUGCGCCCAAGAUGGAGAAGCUGCUGCCCCCCGCUGUAGCCUUAGAACAGUGGUACCAGGAGAUGAUGGCCGGGCUGGGCACAGGCCCUUUGGGGGUCUCCCCACGCUCCUCCCCCCCACCUCUGCCCGCCAAAGCUUGUCGGCAGCUGCAGGUCUAUCGCUCCAAGAUGGACGGGGAGGCCACCAGCCCGCUGCCCCGUGCCCGCAGUGGCCCCCUGCCCUCUUCCUCCGGCUCCUCCUCAUCCUCCUCACAGCUCAGCGUGGCCACGCUCGGCCGCAGCCCCUCCCCGAAGAGUACCCUCCUGGCCCAGAAUGGCACAGGCAGCCUGCCCCGAAACCUGGCGGCCACACUGCAGGACAUUGAGACCAAGCGGCAGCUGGCCCUACAGCAGAAGGCUGAAUCGCUUCUCACCGAGCCCCUCCCAGCCGACAACCCAGCAGGCCGGCAGGUGAUCGAAGAACAGCGGCGGCGCCUGGCAGAGCUGAAGCAAAAAGCUGCGGCCGAGGCGCAGUGCCAGUGGGAUGCACUGCACGGGUCAGGCCCCUUCCCCCCGCUCAUGCAUCGCUCUAUCCUGCAUCACCUGCCUAUGGGCCGGGAACGUGGGGAUGAGGCUGAACACGCCUAUGACACACUGAGCUUGGAGAGCUCAGAUAGCGUGGACACCAGCGUCUCGGCAGGCGCGGUUUCUGCCUGCUCGCCUGACAACAUGUCCAGUACCAGCGGGCUGGACGUGGGGAAGAUCGAGGAGAUGGAGAAGCUGCUGAAGGAAGCACAUGCGGAGAAGAGCCGCCUCAUGGAGUCCAGGGAGCGGGAGCUGGAGCUGCGCCGCCAGGCCCUGGAGGAGGAGCGGCGGAGGCGGGAGCAGGUGGAGCGGCGGCUGCAGAGCGAGAGCAGCCGGAGACAGCAGCUGGUGGAGAAGGAGGUGAAGCUUCGAGAGAAGCAGUUCUCACAGGCACGACCCCUGACCCGGUACCUGCCCAUCCGAAAGGAGGACUUUGACCUAAAGACACACAUCGAGUCUUCGGGCCACGGGGUCGACACGUGCCUGCAUGUGGUGCUCAGCAGCAAGGUCUGCCGUGGCUACUUGAUCAAGAUGGGAGGCAAGAUUAAAUCCUGGAAGAAGCGUUGGUUUGUCUUUGACCGGCUUAAGCGAACUCUUUCCUAUUAUGUGGACAAGCACGAGACCAAGCUGAAGGGGGUCAUCUACUUCCAGGCCAUCGAGGAGGUUUACUAUGACCAUCUGCGCAGUGCAGCCAAGAAAAGGCUUCUCAGCUUCACUCUGGUGACCGAGAGUCCCAACCCCGCGCUUACAUUCUGUGUGAAGACACACGACCGGCUGUACUACAUGGUGGCGCCUUCCGCUGAGGCCAUGCGUAUCUGGAUGGACGUCAUUGUCACCGGCGCCGAGGGCUACACCCAGUUUAUGAACUGACCUGCCUGGGCCUUCCCCACCCUCGGGCAGGCCCCUGCACCUGCCCUGGCCCCUGCUGCGCUGCUCCAGCUCAGGCUGCUGGGGAGACACUACUGGACCUCAGUUCUAAAAGGACCAGCCACAUGGGGAGGCUGGAAGUGGCCGUGUGCAUGCACCCUGGCCUGGCUUCUCGAUGUCCGGACACUCGAUGGUACAGAAUCUGCCAAAGAUCCCCUCUUCUCUCUCCUCCUUGGCUGGAGCCUCAGGGGUAGAGCUGAGCAACAUCCAGAGUGGGGUGUCAGCUCAGUGGGGUCCUCUCUUACCCUCUCAUCCCCAUUUAUAUUACUUGCUCCAGGGCUGAUCCAGCCCUAGCUCACCAUCAGGGCCCUUGCCCAGUCUCUCCAGCUUGUGGGGCACUCUGCUGGGAGGAGAAAGGCCCCCUCAACCUCCCAGCCCUCUCCUUUCCACUUGUGCCUUGCUUAGAGCCAGAAGGAACGAAACAGUGGACCUAGAGACCCGGAGCUCGGGUUCAGGAGAGGAAGUGGGAAAGCCCUCGGGCACUGCACAGGGUAGGCAGAGCCGGCCUGAGUGGGAGGAAGCGGCAGCAUCUCGGCCCUGGGCCAGCUGCCCUCUGCCUGCAUCGGCCACCGGGGGAGCCGGAAGUGAGCAGGCCUUGCCCUUUGCGCCUUAACACUCAGCCCACCUCUGCCCCGCUCCCCAGCUGUGGCUGGGCAUUUUUCAGUAUUUGUAAGCAUCUCAAAAGAACAAUAAAGCAUUUGGAGUAUGUGG